AUGCAAGAAACUAUCGAGCUUCGUUUGGAUCCCAAAGGUGUGGAGGGGGACAGCCUCGCAGAUGCCUCAGCGCCCACAGCAGCGGGAACAGUACCAAAGAGGAAGGCCACUAGCUAUCAAAACUUCUCCUCCUUGAACCACAGUGACACUCCAACAAGUCUUCCGCUAUUGUACGCUCAGGGUGCUGGACCACUUCCCCGUGGUCCCUGGGCGGCGCGACCCUCAUUCUCGCCAGUGUCGCCACUCCUUUCGGAAGCAUCCACGGUCUUCCUCUGGCCGAAGGGGCUGGUAAGCCGAGGAUGA